AUGUCUGAGAUUUCUCCUCAACAUGAUGCUAAGAAUUCCCCUCCUCGGGUGCCAGAUGAUAUGGCGGCUGAGGCCAAUCGUGCCACUGCGGCAGAACAAAACAUGGGUCUGUGGCAAGGGCUACGCACCUAUCCACAUGCUGUAGGGUGGUCGAUUCUUUUCUCGAGUGCGUUGAUCAUGGAGGGCUAUGACAGUGGACUCAUCUCCAAUCUAUUUGCCUAUAAGCCCUUUGCGAAAACGUUCGGUGAUGAACAGCCUGGUGGCUCGUACCAAGUGACAGCAGCUUGGCAGUCUGGUCUCACCAAUGGAGCGCUCGUCGGUGAACUGCUAGGCUUGCUGAUCAAUGGUAUUGUCGCUGAAAGAUUCGGAUACCGCAAAAGCAUCAUUGGGUCCUUAAUCGCUUGUGUGGCCUUUGUGUUCAUUGUCUUCUUCGCCAAAAGCCUACCUGUACUACUUGUGGGCGAGAUCCUUCUCGGAAUCCCUUGGGGUCUUUUUCAAACUAUCACGACGACCUACGCCUCUGAAGUCUGCCCCGUCGUGCUCCGACCUUAUCUCACGACAUACGUGAACCUAUGCUGGGUUAUUGGACAAAUCAUUGCAUCAGGUGCUCUCAAAGCAAUGGAAACUCGAACCGACGAAUGGGGCUACAGAAUUCCAUUCGCAAUCCAAUGGAUAUGGCCUGUCCCGAUCAUGAUCGGCGUUUGUUUCGCUCCAGAGUCCCCUUGGUGGCUCAUUCGCAAAGGACGUAUCGAAGAAGCCCGUCAAUCCUUACUACGCCUCACGAAGCCCGAUCAAGAUCCCAACUUCAACCCAGAUGAGACGAUCGCCAUGAUCCAAAGCACCAAUGAGCUAGAGAAGACAAUGUCUGAAGGAACUUCCUAUCUAGACUGCUUCACUGGCACUGAUCUUCGACGCACAGAGAUUGUCUGUCUUACCUGGGCUGCGCAGAACUGCUCCGGCAGUGCAUUCAUGGGAUACUCGACUUAUUUCUAUGAGCAAGCAGGGUUGGCCGAUAGUAGUGCCUUUACCAUGACGAUGGUGCAGUACAUUAUCGGUGCGAUUGGUACGGUCCUCUCCUGGGUAUUUAUGGGAAAAUUCGGCCGUCGUACACUUUUUACCCGCGGACUUGCUGGAAUGAUGACAGUUUUGUUUAUUAUUGGCUGUGUGGGAAUUAUUUCCAGGGGCAAUACAGCAGCCCAGUGGGCGGUUGGUAGCCUUUUACUAGUUUAUACAUUUAUGUACGAUGCGACAGUUGGACCAACGACGUACAGUCUUGUUUCGGAGCUCAGCUCAACACGACUUCGAGCGAAAUCGAUUGUCCUGGCCCGGUUUCUUUACAAUCUCAGUGGUAUUGUUGUCAAUAUUAUUACGCCAAGAAUGCUGAAUCCUUCCAGCUGGAACUGGGGAGCAAAGUCCGGGUUUUUCUAUGCGGGAACCUCGGCAAUUUGUCUGUUAUGGGCUUGGUUUCGUCUGCCAGAGCCGAAGGGACGCACAUAUGCUGAGUUGGAUUUGCUGUUUGAGCAUGGGGUUUCAGCGCGCAAUUUCAGUUCCACGUAUGUGGAUCCUUUUGCAGUUCAUGGGGAUAGUCAGGUGGAGAAGAGGGAUGGGGAGCCUUCUGUGGAGAUCGUGGAGCAUAUUUAG